UAAAUGUUCCCAUUUUUUUUUUUUAGAAAUUGUUAAUUUACCUUGUUUACCUUUAUUGUUAUAUUAAAUAUAAGUUAUGUUAAAAUGUUUUAUGAUAAAUGAAAGAUACAUAAUGAUUGUACCAUUCAAGUGAAUGUAAACAAACAAAUGACUAGGCUGGCCCUGAUGUUGUGACUUCUUCUGACUGUGAGGCAUGGGAUUACACUCUACUUGUAAGAAGUGUAAUCCCAGCUAAUCUGGGAUUCAGUUUCACACUGCACUAUGGGAGCACUUUUAGUUUGCAGAGGAGUGGUAAUACAGAAAAACGGAUGUCUGUUGAAGGAUGUAUCUGCUGCUCCUUGUUCACAUCUUCCAGUCGUUUCUGUUGGCCAUCCGCUCCUGUCCAGCCCUAUGUGUCUGCUCGUAUGGAAACAGUGGAACAGCACAGCUCAGGCUGGUGCAGUGCAGUGACUUUGGAAUCUUAGUUGUGCCCAUCAACGUGCCGGCUGACACAGUUAAACUGCGUCUGGAGAAAACCUUGAUCUCCAGGUUGCCCCGGGCAGCAUUUUACAACCUUUCAGAGCUGCAGUUCUUGUGGCUUGUCUACAACUCCAUCACAUCCAUCCACCCCAGUAGCUUCGUCAACCUCAAGUCCCUGCGAGAGCUGCGUCUGGACGGAAACCUCCUGACAUCCUUCCCGUGGGAGGGGCUAAGGGACACACCUCAGCUCCAGACUUUGGGUCUUCACAACAACCGUUUGUCCAGCCUUCCUGCUCACGCUGCUCUCUUUCUCCUCAAUAUCACCUGCCUUGACCUGUCCAGCAACAGGCUGGCGAUGUUACCUGCUGAGCUGCUGGACCUCUGGCUUCCUCUCCCAGGACAACAACAGGAAGGACAAGUAAAACGACGAAUAUUGGGUGUCCACGACAACCCUUGGUUGUGUGACUGUCAGAUCUUCACACUGAUAUCCUUGUCCAUGUCCCUGGGGAGUCCCAUUGUUCUCAUGGAUCAGCUGCUGAUGUGCAGCGAGUCAAAGGGUCAGUCAGCAAUGCUCUUGACCAAGGCUGAACUGUCCCGCUGUAUGAGGCCCUCAGUCCAGCCUGCAACCACCAGUGUGAUUUCAACACUGGGCAGUAAUGUAAUUCUCCGCUGUGAUGCUAGAGGCUAUCCAACACCAACCCUGACUUGGAUCAAAACUUCAUCUUACACUGAUUGUUGCCAGCAACACCUCCUUGAGAAUUCUGAACAGUUACCAAGGAAAUUGGACAGCUAUAUGCAGGUAUCUCGAGUGGGGGAUUGCUGGUCAAUCAUCAGCCUCAAUGGCCUAUCAUACAAGGAUGCAGGGGAAUAUCGCUGCCAGGCGAGGAAUGGCGCCGGAACAUCUGAAGCCCUGAUUAAACUAAAGGUGGUGGGUGUCACAAGACUCUCCCGUCUCCCAAAGAAGAAAUCUCAAAAGACUAAACUCAAAUCAUUGUUUAAAUACAGGAACCUGAACCCAAAUCCAGCUCCAGUCUCAACCCCCAUAGGGAAGAAGAAGGAGAUGCUCCAAAACGUCACACCACCUUCUUUUAAUAAGACCCAGACUGUUCUUCAUGUAGUGUCCAAAGGACUUCCCAUAGAUGAGACCAUUAAAUGACUCAAAAAACACAAAGAAUAAGAGUCAUUCAUCAUGUUAUUAGACAACUCCACAUCUGUUUUGUUAGAAAUAUGCAUGAAAUAUGAUGCAGAUGGUCAAGGUCUGUGACAUUGGUGUUUUCACAUACUGAGCUUUUUUG